CGGGAGGCCCAGGCUUAUAAAGGCUGCUGGACCCGCGCUGCCCGCCAGACCCCGCCGCCCGGAUCCCCUGCACUGCCUGCCGUCCCGCGUGACCGCGCCGUCCCCCAGCUCCAACACUAAGCCUGGUCGCCAUGGCCCUGCUCCCGGCCCUCUUCCUAGCGCUCCUGGCAGGUGCCCAUGCCGAGCUCCCGGGCUGCAAGAUCCGCGUCACCUCCGCGGCGCUGGAGCUGGUGAAGCAGGAGGGGCUGCGCUUUCUGGAACAAGAGCUGGAGACCAUCACCAUCCCGGACCUGCACGGCAAAAAGGGCAAUUUCUACUACAACAUCUCGGAUGUGAAGGUCACACAGCUGCAGCUGAUCUCCUCGGAGCUCCACUUCCAGCCGGACCAGGAGCUGUUGCUGCACAUCUCCAACGCAUCCCUGGGGCUGCACUUCCGGAGGCAGCUUCUCUACUGGUUCUUCUAUGAUGGGGGCUACAUCAAUGCCUCGGCCGAGGGUGUGUCCAUCCGCACAGGUCUGCAGCUCUCCCAAGAUCCCACUGGUCGGAUUAAAGUGGCCAAUGUCUCCUGUGAGGCCUCUGUCUCUAGAAUGGAUAUGGCCUUCGGGGGAACCUUCAGGGGGAUAUAUAACUUCUUCUCCACGUUCAUCACGUCUGGGAUGCGGUUCCUCCUCAACCAGCAGAUCUGCCCUGUGCUCUACCAUGCUGGGACAGUGCUGCUCAACUCUCUCCUGGACACGGUGCCCGUGCGGAGUCCUGUGGAUGAGCUUGUCGGCAUUGACUAUUCCCUCGUGAAGGAUCCUGUGGUCUCCAACGGCAAUCUGGAUAUGGAAUUCCGGGGAACAUUCUUCCCCCUGACUGAGGGGAACUGGAGCCUCUUCAACAGGGCAGUGGAGCCACAGUUGGAGGAGGAGGAGCGGAUGGUGUAUGUGGCCUUUUCUGAGUUCUUCUUUGACUCUGCCAUGGAGAGCUACUUCCAGGCGGGAGCCCUGCAGCUGACGCUUGUUGGCGACAAGGUGCCAAGUGACCUGGACAUGCUUCUGAGGGCCACCUACUUUGGGAGCAUUGUUCUCCUGAGCCCCUCAGUGAUUAACUCCCCACUGAAGCUGAAGCUGCAGGCCACGAGUCCUCCGCGUUGCACCAUCAAGCCCUCGGGCACCACCAUCUCCGUCACCGCCAGUCUCACCAUCACCUUGGCCCCGCCCAUGCUGCCGGAAGUCGAGCUGUCUAAGAUGAUCAUGGAAGCCCGUCUCAGUGCUAAGAUGACACUCCGAGGCAAGGCGCUGCGAACGAAGCUGGACCUCCGCAGGUUUCAAAUCUACUCGAAUCAGUCUGCGCUGGAGUCUCUGGCACUGAUCCCACUGCAGGCCCCGCUGAAGACGCUGUUGCAAAUUGGAGUGAUGCCCAUGCUCAAUGAGCGGACCUGGCGUGGGGUGCAGAUCCCCCUCCCCGAGGGCAUCAACUUUGUGCGUGAGGUGGUGACGAACCACGCUGGCUUCCUCACCGUUGGGGCUGACCUCCACUUUGCCAAAGGGCUUCGAGAAGUGAUCAACAAGAGCCGCCCGGCCAUCGUUGUGGACUCCAGCGUCCCUCCACCCUCCAUAGCAGCUGCCUGAGUCCUUCGUCCCACCCGGGAGCUGGCGUUGAGGAACUGAGUCUUCUCAGAAGCAGCCCUUCCCCCUUCCCAUCCACAGCCAGUAGUGUUCCCAGUGCCACAGAGAAUUCGGUUUGAAGCUGUACCCGAUUUAAUUUCAUGAUCAGUCAACCGACAAUUACAAUCCAUCCACCCCUCUC